UACGACACCAAACCAGUCGAGUACAGAGAUUGGUAAAAACAUAGCUAAAUCAGUAGUUAGUGUCGGCCAUCACUUUAAAAUUUACCUAAUAGUUAUUGAACGAUUUAUAGACGAAUGACAAAGAUACAUAUCCGCAUCAUUAAAAGGAUUUCCAUCAAAGUUUAAUUCUACGUAUUUGUGACUCAGUAGACAAUAUGAAGAUCACUCGGAAAUGUCGCCACGUUGGCGACGAUGAAGACGACGUCUGUUACAUGUCGAAAGUGAACAAGGGCGCUCAGAAAAUCAUGAUCGCGGUCCCGGAUCAGCUGGCAGUGGUGUUCAUGUGGUCCCUGGUGACGGGAGUGUUCAUCGUUUUCCUUAUGACGGCCACGUAUUUGAUCUUGAAAUUCGAAUCGCCAUCACCAUUACCGUCGUCACCGUCAGCGGCUUUGCAUUCGUCUCGUGCAGAACGCUGUCCGACCGGACCCAAACAUCCGCUGGCAGCCCGGCAGGAUGUCGGAUCCAGUGACGUACACUACGUUUUCCUGGACGACGAUCGCAUCCCGCGGCUGUCCGCUUGUUCGCUGGAGUCAGCCGUGAACGCCAUCUCGGGCCACGGCAGCGGUCGCGUGAACGUGUUCGUCGUAGGUGGCAUUAAACGGAUCGACAACUACAACCGAACACUUUCGGAGGUGUCGCUGUCGUCUACCGUAGAUGAUCUGAAAACCGUGUACGGCGAUGACCGGUUGAACGUGACGCACAUCAGUCUGGAGGAGUGUCUGGAGUGUUCGCCGUUCCGAGGCAUGGACAUGAGCGGUCGUUCGGCCCUCGCCAAGUUCGCGGUGCAGCUGGUAGUCCUGUGGCAGUUCGGCGGAACAGUGCUUGACGAUGGUGUUGUGGUGGUUCGGGGGGACGUGUACCGAGCGACGAGCUCCGCGGUCGAGUACGGCGACCGGACCAUCAGCUCACCGAUCGCGUGCCAUGCGUUCGUCUACGAAGCGAUGCUGAGCGUCAAAAAGUACGCGCUCGGCGGCGAGGUGUUCGCGCCGGACACCGGCCGGACGAUAUUAGACAGGACGGCCACCGUCGUUGGUGCCCUGUCAGUAGCCGACUGGGUCAUGUGCCGCGGUGGUGUGGCGGUUGAUGACCACUGUUAUUACGAGGAGGCGACGGCAGAAUCGCUGGGCUAUCGCUGUCCUGUAGCGGCCGACGAACCGCCGUCGCCGAAAUUCCAGGAACCCAUCCGGGCCACGUCACCGAGGUUUCGGAAACCCGUCGACCCGGCCACGGCUAUGGACACAGCCGCAGCCGAGGACGGUCAAAACAGGAACACGACAGACGACGAGCGAGUUACCGCGGUUGUCUAAGUUUAAAUGUACUAUUAUGUUUAAGACGUUUAAAUGUAUAGGUCGAUAGUAUAAUAUUAUUUUAUCGUGGCAAAAACUGGGGCCACAUUGCCCAUAUUUAUAUGUAUGUAUUGUGUGUAUAUAGACCAAUAAACGUACGAUAGUAUAUUAAUUAUCAAU